AUGACGAGCAUCGAGCUUGUGGACAUGAUGCGGCAUGGAAAGCAGCGGCGGCAGCGGCAGCAGCAGCCAGUGGCAGAAGUUCCCGGCAAGGAGAAGCUGCCCGAUCUGUCAGGAUCUGGUCCCGAUCCCGCCUGUUACUGGACUCGCAAGGAGAACUUACGUGAUUUUCCGCGAUCUGCUCGGUCUGGCCCAGCCGAUCCUUCUUUCAGCAGCUGCGGUGCAAGGAGAAUUUCUUUGAUAUUUCAACUUCUCUUGCUUGUUCUUGGACUCGGUGCAAGGAGAACUCAUGCAAUGUUUCAAGAGCUCCUCCAUCUCGUCCAUCGGAUUAUGCCUGUUCUUGGAGCUGGCAUAAACGGUGUAAGGGGCUCCCGACCUCAAUCUUACUUCUGGGAUGUUAGAGGAGAUUUGAAAGUGGCUUUCAAUCCCGGAGAAGCACAUUUGACAACCUUUCAGAACUAUUUCAACUGCAAAACUGGCACCGACUUAGCUUUUCCACCAACCUUGAUGAACGAGAAGGGGUUGAAAAAGGCGUUGUUGAUUGCCGGGUUUCCCGGUUGUGCAUUGGAUGUAGAUCUAAUGUCGCGUCUCAUAUCGAUGGAAUAUGAUUAUCGCCGAUUUGAUAUCCUUCAAGUUCCAUCGAGGAGUGAAUCGUUGAAAGCAAUACGACAGCUUAUGGCGAACACAAAUCCUGGAGAUCAACUGCUUUUCUACUUCUGUGGUCACGGAGGCAAUAUAACUGAUUUUGAUCACGAUGAAAUGGAUAACUUCGAUGAAAGAUUUGUCGUGAAGGAUGGAUAUCUAUUAGAUGAUAUACUUCACGACAUAAUGGUGUUAGGCAUUGGAGAGGUUGUAAAGCUUACAGCAAUCUUCAACGCCUGCCACAGUGGCACAGCAUUGGACCUUCCUUUUCAGAACACAGGUUCAGGCUGGAAAACCGCAACCCUUCGGCCUAUUCCAACAUUGCUAACGAAAACGCUCUUUGGAAGCUCAGUCGUUUCACUGUCCGCAUGCCUUGACAACGAGACUACUGGUUAUUCGGAGAUUAUGAAGCGAAGUUUUUUCACGACACACCUUAACUACCUCCUCCUCCGUGGUAAUGCAACAUACAAGAAGCUUCUAGAAGGUUUGAAAUGGCCCAACUCAACUAUGGCAAUCGGAUCAACAAAACCUUUUCCAUUAGAUAGCAUUGUAGAGUUAUAACGUUUUUUCUUUUUGGUUUUUGUUCUUUUGGCAGUGUAAUAAAGCUGCGUGAGAAAGACAGAGGCAAUCACUGGUAUGUUUGUUUUCGAUGUUCAUUGCAGAGUAUAGAGCAGUCUGAAAAAUACUGGUACUAGAACGGCUAAAACUCCAGGUGAGUGGCAUGUUUCUGCGUUUUACUGGUCAGGCAGAUUUAAACUUCUUGCGACCUGCUUUUAAUCUGAACGAUAUCGAGAAUCAUUUAAACACAGGAGAGUCUACAUUAGGUGCUACAUUGUCGAAGGUGAGUUUUUGGUUGGACGAGUUCUCUUUUGCUUUUGUCUUAAUUGACAGUGUCAAAAUGGUGCACAGGAUUCAUGGAUGAGGCGGGAGCACCCGUUGCAAAAUGGCAGGUGCAUAUCUAAACGUCUUGCUGUGGAAAGUG